CACACACACACCAAAGAAUGGUCUACGACAUGACGCAUAUGGCAGAGGGACCGCCGCAGAGCAUCUCCCUGAGUCGCUACUAUAUGCAGGAGGAUGACGAGAUGUUGGCCCCCGCCAACAAUGCCGGCCUGUUGAACGAGGACUAUGCGGCCAGCACCACGCUGGACAUUGAGAAGCGCUUCCAGGCGCGCAUGGCCUGUGAGACGGCCGCCCAGCCGGCACCGCCGCCGCCACCGACACCAGCGCCACGUCGCCGGACCACACCGAUUGCCCACCUCGAUCCCACAGAGCUGGUGGGAUUGUCACGCGAGGAGCGACGUCGCCGGCGACGGGCCACACUCAAGUACCGCACGGCACAUGCCACACGGGAGCGUAUCCGCGUGGAGGCCUUCAAUGUGUCCUUUGCUGAGCUGAGGAAGCUGCUGCCCACCCUGCCGCCAGACAAGAAGCUCUCCAAGAUCGAGAUCCUCAAGUUGGCCAUCUGCUACAUUGCGUACUUGAAUCACGUCCUGGAGACCCCCUGAG